AUGUAUGAUGAGCUCCUCCAAGUGGACACAGGAGGAAUGUGGAGGAAUGCGCGCGGAAUGUCGUCCACUGAACUGGUGGCCUUAGCAGACGACGUGGCGGUCGUGGCAACUGGAAACACAACAUGGAUAGUAGAGACCGUAACAAACCAGGCUCUGAAUAAAGUUGCCGAGUGGAUGAUUGGUGCUGGUCUAUCUCUGUCGGUGAGGAAGACCGAGGGAGUCAUUCUGACGACGAAGAGGGGAUACCGCCGGCCGAACUUUUCAAUCUUAGGCAGCCACAUUGAAUUCAAAGAACGUAUUAGUUACCUAGGAGUUGAACUCCAAAGGGUUCUCGGCUUUAGGGCGCAUGUGGAAUCGGCGGCGGCCAGGGCACAGACCACGUCAACUGCCCUAUCCAGACUUAUGCCCAACAUCGGAGGCCCGAGACAGAAUAAGAGAUCUCUCCUGGCAACGGUAGUGACAAGCAAGUUAUUGUAUGCGGCGCCAAUAUGGGGUGCAGCGAUGGCGUUUAAUCGCAACGUCGUAACGUUAGAUAGACCCCAGAAGACCAUCGCUAUACGGACCAUAAUGGCAUACAGAACUGUAUCGACUGCAGCGGUGCUGGUGAUCGCAGGAAUGAUACCGGCUCACCUUCUAUCCUGGGAGAGGUGUGAGAGGUACAAACGGAGGCAUGAGCCAGAAUCAGCAAGGACUAAAUUGGAGAUCCGCGCUGAAACAAUGAGGAAAUGGCAGGCGAAAUGGGCCAAUGAAAGCAAUUCAAGAUGGACAAGGAGGUUGAUCCAAGAUAUUAACUCCUGGAGGGGCAGGAAUCAUGGAUCUGCAGAUUUCCACAUGACCCAGUUAUUGUCCAAUCACGGAUGUUUCGGAGAAUACCUCCACAGGAUCGGGAAAUUGGAUGCAGCAACUUGUGUUGAUUGUCAGAAACCAGUCGACAACGCAGAACACGUCUUUUUCGUUUGCGGCAGAUGGUGGAAACAAUGGCGAGAGCUAGAGGUGGAGCUGGAAGAGGACUUGUCCCCAGACAACAUUGUUCGCAACAUGUUGAAGAAACGGAGUAACUGGGACGCAGUCAGCAGCUUUGUCAACCUCGUGCAGUCCACAAGUUAA